AUGGACGCAGUAGCAAGUACAGAUUUUUUCAAGCCACAUUGGCUGUGCUGGAAAAUUUUGGGUAUAGCACGACAAAAGGUCAAAAAUAAAUCAGCUUAUUUACUUUACGGCAUCAUACUGAAUAUUGUGGUUACUCUUUAUUAUCCUAUACAUUUGUUAAUGUCAUUAUUUCAAAAUCAAACGGCAACGGAUAAUUUAAAGAAUUUUGCAAUUAGCGUUACGUGUACCGCAUGUACCUUAAAGUUUCUCAUCUACGCCAUCAAAUUGGAUAAGGUACGUGAAAUGGAAAUGCUACUAGAGAAGUUGGAUGCCAGAGUUCAAAGUGUGGAUGAAAAGCAGGAAUUUGGAAAAUUGCGUACAGAUAUGAGAAAUAUUGCUUACAGUUUUGUUAUAAUUUAUUUUCCAGUCAUUGUGACUGGUAGCUUGUCAGUGAUUUUAAAAGAGGAACGUAAUCUAUUAUAUCCUGCUUGGUUUCCAUUUAAUUGGCGUGAAUCCAUAUUAAAAUAUUUAUUGGCCAGUUUGUAUCAAAUGGUGGGUAUAAGUUUCCAGCUAUUACAGAAUUAUGUCGAUGAUUGUUUUCCAUCGAUGGCACUUUGUUUAUUAUCUGGACAUAUUAAAAUUUUGGGCAUGAGAGUGUCAAAGAUUGGUUACAGUGUGACAAAAAUCGCCGAUAAUGAGCUAGAAUUAGACAAGUGUAUAAAAGAUCAAAAUAAUUUAUACAAGUUAGUUAAGUAA